AUGUCGCCGGCUGCAAGUCCUUUAGUCGCUGACACCGAUGAUCGAGUAGUGCCACUCUUCUCGGGGCAAGGUCGCUCCGUCACUGUGCCCGCGCACAGCAAGACGCACAAGGAGCGGCCGCCCGCGGACUUCGCGAGCGAGACGAGAAGCGAAGAGGCAGAGAGGUUCCAGCUCACGCAGUAUUGCGACUGUGGACACUGGAUGCACUUGGCGAUCUUCGGCCUCUUCUUGAUCGUGGACUCCUCCAAGUACAUGGUGGACGUCCGGGCCAUCAGCCACAACCCGGUGACGGCGCAGGCGCUGGUCUUCCUGCAGGACCUCAUCUCAGUGCUGAUCUGUGUGGUGGCGAUACUGAGGUACAUUGGUCCCCGCGGGGUCGUCGACACCUUCUGCUCGGCGGAGCUCUUCCGGUGUUUGCCCACGGCGGUGCUCUUCUCGCUGAGCAACGCGGCCCUGGCCCACGCCAUCGGCCUGGGCAUCGGCGCCGCCACCGCCGUGGCGCUGGGAAGUUUAUACAUGCCGAUGAGCGCCCUCGUAUCUUGCCUGCACAUGCGCCUACGGCUGGCUCGAACUACACGCACUAGCACUCUUGACCUUUAG